AUGCUACGCGACGGUAUUGAUCAAUCUGUGGAGCUUGUGGACUGCGAUAUGACGCGUCCCAAUAAGAUUGCCUUCUCGCCAGCCCAGGAUAUCAUGUACAUCACGAAUUCGCAGAAGGGCAACUCGUACGUCAAGAGUUACAUCAUGGCAGACGACGGCACGGUCAGCAACUCUAGUGUGUUUUUCAAUUUCACGGCUCAUCCUGAGCUGGAAACUGAUGACGGGUAUGCCAGGGGAAUCAAGGUGGAUGACAACGGCUACGUGUACGUGGCCUGCUACAAGGGCGUGUACAUUUUCUCGCCGGAAGCUGAGCUGGCUGGUGCUAUCAUGAGCACCGAGGAACUAGACUCUGUGACCAUGGGCCUUGGCCGUCUCUUCAUUUCUGGCAGCUUUGGCCUUGUGGCGCAGACCAGCGGUGUCCCAUCGCAGGCGCUUCCUCGUGCUCAGGUCACGUGCAGUGCCUAG